AUUCCUCGAUGGACUGAGUACGCGUCGUCUAUGAGAUGUCGACCGUCGAGCCAGAAGAGGGAAGGCCUCGGGGAAGCGUAGAAUUUGCGGAGAGCUCUGUACUCGAGGCUUUUGCCCCGUCCUCGUCCGUUAAUAUCGAACAACUUCUGCAGUCGUGGGACGGAUCCGUGAAAGAUGAGACUAGCUCUAUUCUUCCGUUUGUCUCUCAGAGGCAGUUCCUCCUAUUCGAUGAGCUUCUGCCCGUGAUUGUUGUUUUGAGAACACCUCAAAUCGAAGAAAGCACACUGAAAUCAUAUCUGUCGAGGCUUGCCAUCAACUUGGAGCUAUACGCGGUCAAUACGGCCCCGAAUCCCGAGGCCGAAACGUAUACGCCCCCAACGAAAGAGUUACUCUACUCGGAGACCAUCAAGGAUUCAUAUGAUCCUAUAGUCUGCAUUCAUGAGAGCGAGGCCAAUACGCAUGUCUAUGUUGUCUGGAAAGUGGAGGUAUUCAUAAGCCGCCCAAGAGCAAGACUAAAUAAGCCCGGCUUAUACUUUGCACCUGCAGCAUCUCUAAAGCCUCCAGCAAAGAUCAAGCAAACCGUCAUCCAAGAUGAAUAUCUCCCAAGCAAAGUCCCAGCCGCACUCAAUCUUCUGCAGUCCUUCAGCAACGAGCCGGGGUUGGGUGGCGUUAUACCACAUCUUUCAGCCAUGCGAAUAAGCAAGGUUGCGCCAACGACCCCCAUAGCAAGAGAGCUGAUGCGGCCUGUCAGAAGCGGACAACGCCGUCUUUUCAAAGCCGCCCCCGCGCUGAUAUGGAGGAUACGGUACUCCCGGUGGCAAUCAUCACUGAAGGACACUGCUGUGAUUGCAUCCCUAGACCUUGAAAUCGCGCACAUCACUAGCUGCAGUGUAACUAUUGACUCCGUAGAGCUUAUUCUGCAAGGAGGUCGCGUGGAACCUUAUGGAGACCCUAUCGGCAUAUCUAGCUCCAUACUCUGCAAUCCAGGCGACCAACUCACUCUUCUUUACAAGCUCAUUCCGGAUGCAGUGGCCGUCGGAGCUCCUAUGGAGGAGAUUGGAGUACAACCAUUGGAUCUUAAACUCUCAGCCAAAGUCCUUGCCUCAGAAGACUGCCGCCCGAAGAUCUCAAUCGACUGGAGAACAACCGUUGAUUUCUCUUUGGGAUCCAAUCCUGCACUCAAAGGCUUCAAUGCGCUUGGCCGAUCUGCAGGUAGUCAGCGAUCAAAACCGCCUGGCCCCGAUUCGUUACCCCCAGCACAAGGAGACCUCAGUCCGGUAGAAGAUACAGAGCCGAAGGACAUCAAUAUCAGCCUGACUAUAUCUGGUCCGUCGGGAGUAAAAGUGGGAGGCAUUUUCCACUGGAAAGUCUUCAUUGUCAAUCGCUCUGAUAAAGCUCGAAAACUGGCCGUGUUGGUCAUCCCCAAACGCAGACGAUCAGACCUAGAAAAACACAGGCCGCUAUCAUCUACCUCCUCUACAGGCAAACAACAAGGGAAAGAUGAGCUUCUUGCUAAAGCCGUGAUAGACGACAACAUUGUCUAUGCGAAACAGAAGAAUGCGAGACAAGAGCCAGCGGACUUGGUCAGUUUGACAACAGAUGUCAGGAUAGGGCAUCUAAGCUCCGGGGCAUGCUACACCGCUGAACCCAAAUUUCUUGCUCUUGCACCCGGCGUUUUAUCUGUAGAUGCUCUGCGUGUUGUAGAUUUAGCUACACAAGAAGCGACGGAUAUAAGGGACUUGCCUAGCAUUAUUGCAAAGGAAUAGAAAGGCGCUGUGUAAAUAUAUCGAGUUGCGUCAAAUAUCUCGGUGGCUCGAAACCUGGACUAAGGCGCAAACGUGACGUUACGUCUAGAUCUUGAAAGCUCGUUUGGAACUAGUUAACCUUGCCCAACUUAUCUAUCUAGAUGGUGCAUACUUCUUUAGCGAACACGUGACUUUCCCGUCCCUUUUCCGCAUAACUUUCCCGACGGUGCCCGCAGCUCCUAUCUGCACUACAGGUAUGAUUCAACUUCAGAUAUAAAGAGAUCAAGUACCCCAUCUAGCUCUCAAGAUCCUCGUUCUCUCUUACAAACCCAUACUCCACUCAAUCACUUCAAAACAUCACCAAAUCCAACACCAUGACAGACCUCUACACCAAC